AUGACUGACAAGUCGGCUGUUGCCAAGGAGCUCUCGCCUGAUGGGCGCUCCGUGGAAGGCUUCUCCCAUCAUGCUGAGGAUAUCACCGCGGACCGCGAGCCCUAUGGCCCGGCGGGCCUUAGAGGUCUGGUGUCCAAUCCGUUCGUCCUCAUGUGUGCGGCCUGUUCCACGCUUGGUGGUUUGAUUUUUGGUUAUGAUCAAGGUGUCGUGUCUGUCAUCCUGGUCAUAGAUCAGUUCUUGGAGGAGUUUCCGCGGGUCGGGGGCGCUGGUUCUGGGUUCUGGAAGGGCCUGUUGACAGCAAUGAUUGAGCUGGGUGCAUUGAUCGGUGCCCUCAACCAAGGCUGGAUCGCGGACAAGAUUUCGCGUCGGUAUUCCAUUCUGGUGGCCGUCGGCAUCUUCACCGUUGGCUCGAUUCUUCAAACUGCCGCCGUGGAAUAUGGCAUGCUGACCUUUGCUCGCUUUGUUGGUGGCUUUGGAAUCGGCAUGUUGUCCAUGGUUGCACCGCUGUACAUCUCCGAGAUCAGUCCUCCGGAAUCUCGUGGUACUCUUCUCGUUCUCGAAGAGUGGUGCAUCGUGCUUGGCAUUGUGAUCGCGUACUGGAUUACAUUUGGUACCCGAUACAUGGCCGGCGAAUGGUCCUGGCGACUCCCAUUCCUCCUACAGAUGAUUCCUGGCUUCAUUCUCGCAGCUGGUGUUAUCAUUCUCCCCUUCUCACCUCGUUGGCUCGCCUCCAAGGGUCGUAACGAGGAAGCUCUGCAGAGUCUAGCCAAGCUGCGCAACCUCCCAACCUCCGAUAGACGUGUGCGUCAAGAGUACAUGGAUAUUCAAGCCGAGGUGCGUUUCCACCAGCAGAUGAACGCAGAGAAGCACCCGAAUCUGCAGGGCGGCGGAGCCAAAAACGCUUUCCUCCUGGAGUUGGCUUCUUGGGCCGAUUGCUUCAAAAAGGGCUGCUGGCGCAGAACUCACAUCGGUAUCAUGAUCAUGUUCUUCCAACAGUUUGUUGGAAUCAACGCUUUGAUCUACUACUCUCCCACUCUAUUCGGCACUAUGGGCUUCGACAACAAUAUGCAACUCAUCAUGUCUGGUAUUCUCAACUGCCUGCAAUUGGUCGGUGUCACAACCUCCGUCUGGACCAUGGACACUCUGGGUCGUCGCAAGCUUCUGCUGGGCGGAUCCGCUGGCAUGGCGAUCUCGCACAUUAUUAUUGCCGUGCUUGUCGCCAAAUAUAGCUAUGACUGGUCAGAUCACCAGACAAUGGGUUGGGUCAGCGCAGCCUUCCUGCUGUUCUACAUGAUCGCCUUUGGUGCCUCCUGGGGUCCCGUUCCUUGGGCACUCCCAUCCGAAAUCUUCCCCUCCUCCCUUCGUGCCAAGGGUGUUGCCCUCUCCACCUGCUCCAACUGGCUCAACAACUUCAUCAUCGGCCUCAUCACCCCACCCUUAAUCGAAAAUACCGGGUACGGCGCCUAUGCCUUCUUUGCUGUCUUCUGUGUUCUCUCCGGUGUUUGGACCUAUUUCUUCGUGCCCGAGACCAAGGGCCGCACCCUCGAGCAAAUGGACCAUCUCUUCAAGGACAACUCGAACGAGCAUGAGCGGGCAUGCAGGCGCGCUAUUGAAACAGAGCUCUUAAACGAGCAUCUGGAAUACAAUGUAUAA